AUGAGCGACCUGAAAACUUCGCUGAAGAAGCUCGGCGACAACAACUACGCUAUCUGGAAGUUUCGGAUAGAGUUGGAGCUUAUUCAGGAAGAUUUGUUCGGCGUGGUGAGUGAGGAAAAAUCGGAGAAUCCGGAUCCCGUUUGGAAGGCGAAGGACGCGAAGGCACGGGCGUUGAUUGGCCUGUCGGUGGAAGACGGUCAGUUAUGCCACAUCAUCAGAGCCGGUUCGAGUAAGGACAUGUGGGACGAGCUCAAGGCGUACCACGCACGGUCUUCGUUAGCAAUCAAGGUGCACGUUUUACGGAGGUUAUGCUCGCAACGGCUGCACGAAGGAGGAAGUAUGUCAGAGCAUCUCAACGAAGUGACAGUUCUGACAAACCGGCUUACUGCGAUGGGUGAUUGA